AUGGCGCUGCGCCCUCCGCUCCUCCUGCUCCUCCUCCUCCUUCUCCAGCUGCUCGGCGCGCGCGCGGCGCUGCACGAGCGGGACGCGGCGGCGCUGCGGGACGUGCGGGCCGGCCUGCGGGACCUGCCGGGGUCGCGCUUCUUCGAGUCCUGGGACGACGGCGCGUCCACCCCGUGCGCCUACGCCGGCGUCGUCUGCGCGCCCGACGAGGACGACCCGUCCGGCGCGCUCCUGCGCGUGUCCGUGCUCACGCUCGGCACCGGCCUCUCCGACUCCCCCGGCCUGGCCGGCAGCGUCCCGGCCUCGCUCGCCAGCCUCACCGCGCUCACCGACCUCGUCCUCUACCCGGGCCGCGUCGGCGGCUCCAUCCCGGAGGACAUCGGGUCGGGCCUCCGGCGCCUCAGGCUCCUCUCGCUGUCCGGGAACCAGCUCACCGGGCCCGUGCCCGAGUCCCUGGCGGGGCUGCCGGAACUGCACACGCUCGACCUCGGCAACAACCGCCUCGAGGGCGCCAUUCCCUCCGGGCUGCUGCUGCCGACUUCGCCGAGCCUCAAGGUGCUCAUCCUGGCCAACAAUGUCGGCCUCUCCGGCCAGAUUCCCGACCAGUUCCCCAGCUCGCAGCUGUUCCACGUCGACCUCAGCCGGAACGCGAUAACCGGCGCGCUCCCGCCGCUGCCGCCGACGCUCCGCUACUUCUCCGUGGCCGGGAACUCGAUGGAGGGGAGCCUCGACGGAACCUUCGCCGGCAACGGCCAGGGUCCGGCCGACCUGGCAUUCCUCGACCUGUCGAUGAACGACUUCUCGGGCUCGAUCCCGCCGGAGGUGUUCGCGCUCCCGAGCGCGUCGUCGCUGCUCCUGUCCCGCAACAACUUCACGGGGCCGCUGGCUGUGCCGGCGGCGCCCGCGUCGGCGACGCCGCCGUGGUCGGUGGUGGACGUGAGCCACAACGGCCUCACGGGCGAGGUCCCGGAGGCGCUGGCGGCGGCGGGGAGCCUGUACGUGAACAACAACAAGAUCUCCGGCGAGGUGCCGGAGGCGGUGGCCCGCAGCGUGUUCGACGGGCGCAUGACGACCUUCUACGCGCAGCACAACUUCCUGACGGGGUUCCCGGUGCCGCCGACGCCGCUGCCGGACUCCGCGGCGCUGUGCCUGUCCUACAACUGCAUGGACCUUCCCUCCGCCUCCGCGGCCGACGGGUGCCCCACGAUCGGCGGGCCCCUGGAGUCCAGGCCAGCGGACCAGUGCCGGAGCAGCGGAGGCGACGGCUGA